AUGAGAUCUCAGAGAUCUGAUCUCUUAAAGAGAGAUGGAGAGGCGGGACGAAUGGAUACGAAUCUUCCAAGAUUGGAUUCUAUUCGAGGAGAGGGAUGUAUUUGUGGAUCGGAUCUCGCCGAGAUACAGCGAGGAUCUCGAGGGAUCUAUUCUGGGAAGAGAGCAGUGAAGGAGCGGAGGAAAAAAGAAACCAUGGGUCCUCUGUCAUGGAAUCGAGAUGACUCAAGGAACAUUGAUCGGUCGAGGAACGGUGGCAACAAGAAGUCAGUGCCUUGUCUGAAGAUCACUGUCCCACGUUUCGACAACACGGCUUUGAUCAGAGGUUACUCGAGGACUCUGAUUGGUCGUUGUAUGAACCCGGCGGCGCAGGAUGUCCAAGCCUUGCUGCAUCACAUGCCUCGGUUUUGGAAGAUGGAGGAUAGAGUUGCGGAACUGGGGAUGGGGAGAUUCCAGUUUGAUUUUUGA